GAUUGUAAAAUUAUACAAAUGCAAUAUCACUCUUUCCUACCGUAUUCGAGCACCGCUUUAUCGAAAAACGACGAAAUCAGAAUAUCAAUUCAAAACAUGGACGCAUAUACUCUUCCAUGUGAAAGUUAUAUUUACGUCGAAGGAAAAGUAAAUAAAUCAACAGACGCGGGUCAAGGCAUCGGUGACUUUAAAUUUACCAACAACGGAUUAGCGUUUCUAUUUUCCGAAUUACGAUAUGAAUUGAAUGGUGUGGAAAUACAAAAAUUAAAAUACCCCGGAAUAUCCUCGUGUUUGAAGGGAUACUGUUCACAUACACCUAACGAUUUGAAUGAACUUCAGAACGGUGCUUGGGAUAUUGAUAUGACCGAGGAAGAUAAUAAAGAUUUCAUGACGGAAUAUACAUUUUCCGGGUGUAUCCCGCUGAAACACUUAUUCGGUUUUUGUGAAGAUUAUAAAAAAAUAUUACUCAACUGCAAUCAACAACUUAUUUUAAACCGAACGUCAACAGAUUUCGACGCCUUGUACGUUACAGGCAUCGCGGUAAAAGAGAAUAUUG